AUGCAACUAAAAAAUGAAACUAAAGACAGCAAUCAAGAAAUAAAACGAUUAAAUACAAAAUUAGAAGGAGUGGACAACUAUCAUAAAAAUAAAAUCGAUCAACUGUGUACCGAAAUGCGUAAUUUUAAAAAAUAUGACAAAACCGUCAAUUUUGAAGAUAGAUCACGCACGAGAGACAAAAGUCCAUAUUCAGGAAGAGCAGAUCACGAAGGCAGGAACAAUUAUAGGGAAAAGAGUCCUUAUCCCGAUAGAUAUAACGACAAUAGGUUUAGAGAAAGUAGUAAAGAUAGAUACAAUAACAAUAAUAGGUUCAGAGAUAAUAACAGAGAUACAGGAAAUAGAAGAGACAGGGAAAAUUCAUACAAUAUGUACAGCAGAAAAAUGCGCAAUAAUAGAGAUAGGUCUUACGACGGAUCCAUAGAUACAAUCAGAAAUCGAUAUAACAACAGAAAUCGUGGAAAUGAAGUAAAUAGGAAAGAUCACAGUAUAGGGACAACAGCAGAGACAGAUACUCAAGAUCCACAACGCCGGAAAAAUUUAACAGAAAAGAAAACAUAA